AGUGGUGCCUGAGCACAGGCCGUCUGGCUGAGACACACAUCGGUGGGAGAGGAGGAUGGAGCAGCUGACUCCUGAAAGUCCUUGCCUGCCAAGGAGGCUGGAGCUGCCCUGCUUGCGCUUAGGAAAGCUGAUCUAAGUGUAGCCGGGGAAUUCCAGGAGCCAUCUAGCUCAGGAGCAGGCGCUAUUCCCUCCCCUGUCCCGCUCCUCUCUCCGCCUCCUGUCGUCACCGAGACGCAUGCAGGGGAGAUGAAUAACAGCUGAAAACCCGUCUUGGGGCUUCAUAAUCCUGGAAUGACCUGCAGCAGCUGUGUUGCUCCAGAGGAUGCCAUAAGCAGUCGUGAGCAGGAAAUACUGCCCGUAAUCCUUCCCUGCCUUCCCUUCCUACUACCAACCACGGGACCAUGAAGACUGUUUUUCUCCAGGUCCUGUUUGUGCUGAGGAUGUUGUGCGUGGUGACCCUGGCUGGAGCGCAACCCAAAGCACCUCUGAAGUGUUCAACCGAGUGCAGGAGCUUUACAUCUGAGAUAGCGGCGAAGCGGAUAAGGAGCUACCGCAGGACCGAACCCCAGUGCACCAAACAAGCCAUCAUAUUUAUUACUCUGAAGUCCUUGGAGAUGUGUGCAGAUCCAGAGGAAGAGUGGGUGGAGAAGAUCGUAAAGAAACUGGACGAGAAAAAGGCCGCAGCCUCCCCACUGCCCCAUGGUGCCGCUUCAGCAGUGGCACCAGAAGAACCUGGUGUUUUUCAGAAACACGUUGGUCUUACAGCAACAGCUCCAUCUCAAGCCACUGCUCCAACUAAUUUCUUCCAAGGGACUGGCACAACAGUUUUGGAGAGAAUACAUGUUCCUGCUGCCGGGAUGGAGGCGUCCAGCAAGUCCCCCCCAGUCACACAGGACACCACCCAGCUCCAUGCAGGACCGUCCCCCGUGAUGUGGGAAGUUGCUGCCCACUCUGAAGUUGCUCCAGAAGCAAACAGAGAGUCCUUAAAAUCACCUUCAAAAACUUUUGGAGCAGGCAUGGUCUCCAGCCAGCCCACCCCAUAUCCCACGUCUCUUGCGCAUGGCUUUGACAGUGCCGUAGGAUCUACAGAAGGACCUGUAGGACAUACUGCAAAUGCUACGGCUGGUGUUCGAGUCAUGACUUCUCCUAGCUCAAAUUCAGACCCCAUGGCCAUUACUAAAGGAUCAGACCGUCCUGUACUUCCGACAAAUGAAUCCCUGGACCCUACAAGUGCAACAGCCAACGCACCAGACGCUGCUCCUAACAGUUUUAGUUCAGAUCUCCCCUCCAUCCUGGGCAGCAUGGAGAUCGCCAUAAUCCCGGCCUCACCAGUUCCACCAAAGAAUACUUCGGUUUCUACUCCAAACUCCACAAAUGCCACAGACAAAGGUCCUUCUGUCCAUACCGACAAGGUUGUCGGUUCCUUUGCAGAUGCUUUUGGUACCAGAACAUUUGAUUAUUCGUUGCUUGCAGGAAAGCAAGAGCCUUCCGAUACGUUAGUUUUUACUAGUCAGGCGUUCUCACGCCAAGCCGGAGAGCAGGUGACUAAAGAAAGACCGAAUGAUCAGCCUCUUCCCACCUUCCUGUCAAGAUCUCAAAUGCUCUUUGUCAUCCCAGUUUCUGUGGUAGGUGGUCUGCUGGCUUGCAGUAUUGCUGUUGUAUGGCUAUAUCUAAAAUCUGGUGUCAAAAGAGGAGAAAUGUCAAGAGAAAUGGUACAGGGCUUGCUCUACCAGAAGGAGGGACAUCAAAAGGAUGUCUAUCUGAUGGAAGUAAUCUGAAUGCUUUAUGGCCUGGACAUUUUCGGUCUAAACUACAUGUGUGUUGCUGCAGGAAAGCUAAGUUUAUGCUAAACUGGUGACCAGCAGAAAGCAAGGCAGGGAAUAAAAAUACCAGAGAAAACUGGGGUUUUGGGGUUUGGGGGUUUUUUUGGUGUUUUUUUUCUUUUUUUUUUUUUUUUUUUCCCCAGAGCUGAACAUUCAAAAAUAUAUCUAACACGUCGUUGAUCAAUGACGGUAUUUUGGAAAGACGAGAGGCUUUUUUUCUUCUGGCACUGUUACAAACAAAGGCUGUUGCUGUUCUAGAGCUGCUUGGUGGCUCUUUGCCAGGUGGUGGGCAGAAGUGAAUUUCCAAAUUGCUGUUGGGAAUUUUUCUGCAUUUCGUCAUGGCCCAGCCGAAAAGCCACCCACUUAGCCACGCUCCGGGACUCAAGCUCAACCACGUUGAGCAAUCUUAACACCAAACCCACACAAUUUGCACUUAAAUUCUCUGCUGCUUCUUCCUUUCCAGUUCAGGUCGCUGCUGUGUCAGACCAAGACUGAUGCUGGUGGUCAGCUGGGUGCUGGUUCUCCCUGGGCUGAUCAAAUACCCCAUUUACUCUUGCCGGAGACACAAGGGGUAGUCUAGCUUUUCAGAGGUGAUGAAAACUGCAUCUGAUAAGGGGACUGAAGGUCAGUGGUACAGAUCUCUCCUUCAGAGGAGCAGGCAACCCAUAAUCUAUCUCCUCCUUGAAAUCAGGCCACCUUUAUCUCCAACAGCUAUGGGCAUUUCCUCUUGCAGAUUUAGCCUGAGACCUGGUUCUUGGCAAAUCAACCACAAUAAAACCCUUCUGCCAGCUGAUACGCCCUGUGUCUGGCUGUAUCCAGCGCCGGGACAGGAUAAUGUGGAUGAGCCUUUGCAAACAGGAGAAAACAAGAAGUCACCCAACAAUUUUGCUCUUCCUGUGAUAACAUUGGAGGGGUUUUGCUGUUCUCUGCAAGCACAAAACUCAGGAACUACUCUCCUGGAGGAGCUAAAUGCAAUUCUGGAUUUAGUCAUAUAGGAAUUACCCCACCACAGCAGACAUACCAUCCUUCUGGUCCCGUAUUCUCUCUAGAAAUCCACAAAAAAAAGCAUAAAAUUCCUGUUCAUGGUCCUACAUUGCAGCUGCAUUUUAGUUUUUCUUUUUUUGGAUAGCACUGACCACUAGGCUAUUAAAGCGCUGUAACAGUACCAGGCUUUUUUUUAACCCAAACUGGUUGUGAUUUUUAUACAUCUAGAUGUUGCUGUAUGUAAGCCUUACCUUUUAUCUCUGGUCACUUCCUGAAAGCCCGUGUUAAACAUUGACUCCAGCAUGAAUUUUGCUGGAGCAUGCAAAGAUCUUCAUGAUAUGAUGCUCUGUAGGUAGAGAUACAUGUUGAGGGUCAGAUCCUCCUUUAACCAACCUCAGUGGAUCAGAUCCUCCAGUAUAAAUAUGCACGUAGGAAAAAAAGAAAGCAAAACCACAUAAUAAGCAAAAAUGAUGGGCCAGCUGUAAAGCAGAGCUAGAAGAAGGCAGCUUAUUAGAUCCAUCAGAUUGCACCUUCAGCAUCCAUCCAGCCCUGGAGGUGGAGAGGAUAGACUGCAAUGGUGUUUGGUUUCUGCCAUCAUUCAGUGCCUCAUUUCUGCGUAUUGUUGACUUGAGAGAGGGGAGCCAGGGAUUCAUCUCAGGCUUUGCAAGUACGGAAUGCAAUCAGAUUAAUUGUAAUUAGGAAUUUGGGGUGAAACCCCACCUUGUGCAGCAGCACUCCUGUGCAGCCCAGCUGUGUAACACUGGCAGGGGUUGAUUUAAGCUGAAAGAGAGGAGAUGGGAUGUGAGGCAGAAAUUCUUCCCUGUGAGGGUGCUGAGGCCCUGGCACAGGUUGCCCAGAGAAGCUGUGGCUGCCCCUGGCUCCCUGGCAGUGUUGAAGGCCAGGUUGGAUGGGGCUUUGGGCAACCUGGGCUGGUGGAGGGUGUCCCUGCCCAUGGCAGGGGGUGGGAACUGGAUGGGCUGUGAGGUCCCUCCCAACCCAAACCGUUCUAUGAUUUACCUGGGGGGUAAAUGAGGACUUGUCAGUGCCACCUCCCCAUCCUCCCCGCUCGGGCAUGACUGGGGUUUGUGGCCUCACAAUUUGUAGGGCAAUGUACUAUGGUAUUAUUGUUAUAUGAAACACUAGAAAUGUUAGUUUUGUAGUAAAAUUAUGUAGCCAUUUCAAUGUAUGUAAUGUCCUGUCCUUGCUACUGGAGCUAGGUUGCUCUCCAGGCACUACAGCAAACGGAGCGGACGCUCAUCUGGCUAUGGGUGAAGUCCUUGGCUUGGAGCGAUGCUGGGGAGAUGAAUGUGCACCAGGCAGAUAUGAUCACUUUGAGUUCCACCACGGUAUUUGUAAGGACACCGGUUUCACCUCCACAACCGGCUCCCACCGCCUUCCAUCUGCUGUGGUCACGCUGGCAGGAGGAGCUGCUCCUUCAGCCUGGAUCCGUCCUUGUGCUCGCCUUGCUCCCCGUCCUGUUCCCAGGCUGCGUGCCUGCACCCCUCAUGGGGGACAAUUAAAACCCAGGGCAGGGCCGGGGGUGGGAUGGGAGGGGACCGCUGUUCCUCCUUGCUUUGCGCUGCGCGAUGGGUGGCCGGGGGCACAAGGUGAGUGCCGGUGCUGAGGGACGGAGCCCGUGGGUGUCACCAGUCCCUGGGGCUUAAAAUGUCAUUUGCUGUAGAGCACAGUCACUGUUACAUCUGAUUCAUUUGUGUAUCGAGUAUAUACGAGUGUGUGCGCGAGAUAUAUGUUCUGUACCUUUUUUUUUAGAAGUAAAAGUAAUAAAGUCCUUACGUUAAA